AUGGAUCCGGACGAGCAGAUGCUCCACCUCAGCCUUGAGGAUCGCCGGCCCGUCAAUUUCGCGCUGGUCGUGACGCCACCUGCAGAGAGCGAACUGAGACCGCAGGACAAAGCAGCUGGUCUGUUUUCUGCUGACGACCCCGCCACGACAACCACGCCGGCGCCUUCACCUUCUUCGGCGACUGCGAAUUCAACUGCGACCGUGACCGCGACCGCGACCGUGACGGAUGAUCAUCCUAUGUCCCGAAUUUAUCGCAGUACACCGACGCCGACGAUCCUUCUAGAUGGCUCGCUUCGGGUGGUGCAGGCAUCGGAUAGCCAUUUGACACUCUUCCAACAUGAUCGCGAAAAACUAGUGGGAACGAGCGUGUACGAGCUGCCCCCGCGCAUCAUUCCCGCCCCGGACAUCGUUUCGUUCAGUGGCGCGCUCGGUGCAGCCAUCUCCACUCGUGAAGUUCAAGUAAUCGAAGCCAUUCGCGUCGCAGGCCACGAAUUCGACUUUGCUCUACGCGUGACGCCCAUCUUCGACGGGGAUACUUUGAUUUACGUGUCCCUAGAAGCGCACAUGACCGGGCGGUCGAACUCUGCGUCAAAGAUGGAACAGACCUACUUCAACGAGACCUACAGGACUCUCGUGGAUACCGUAAAGGACUACGCGAUUUUCAUGUUGGAUACUCGGGGUCACAUUGCGACGUGGAAUUCGGGCGCCGCGAUUCUCAAGGGCUACACGGCGAGUGAGAUCAUCGGCCAGCAUUUCUCUAUCUUUUACGGACCCGAAGACCUGCAGCUCGACAAACCGGGCCGCGAGCUCGAGGUCUGCCUGCGGGAUGGAAAGGUCGAGGACGAGGGAUGGCGCUACCGGAAAGACGGAGGGCAAUUUUGGGCCAACGUCAUGAUCACCCCUAUCUAUCAACUUGGGCGCCACGUGGGAUUUGUCAAGGUUACCCGAGACCUCACGGAGCGCAAAGCCGCAGAGGCUCGACUGAUCGACGCGUUUGAGGAGUCCUCUAAGCUGAAAACCGACUUCCUCGCCAACAUGUCCCACGAGCUACGCACCCCUAUGAACGGGAUGUUUUUGGCUCUGACCAUGCUGAUGAGAACGGGCCUCAGCCCCGAUCAGCGAGAAUACGCAUCGAUCCUGGAGGACUCGACUUCCAUCCUCCUACAAGUCAUCAACGACGUGCUGGACUAUUCGAAAUUGUCAUCCGGCUCCUUUUCUCUGACUGCCGAUGUCUUGGACGUCCCCGCCGUGGUGAGUGCAGUCGUCAGAAACUGCGAGCCGACCCUGAAGCCCGGAGUUGUGCUCGAGACCUCUGUGGCCCCCGCUUUCCCCCAUGGCGUCAAGGGCGAUCCCUUGCGUUUUCGCCAGGUCCUGCAGAAUUUAGUCGGCAAUGCCGUCAAAUUCACCGAGAGUGGCUACAUCCAUCUGGAUGUGUCUUAUUCAGUGGACAGCAACGACCCCCAGUUUUACAACAUCUCAGUCCAGGUGGUGGACUCCGGGAUCGGGGUCCCCGAGGAUGCAGUCAGUACACUUUUCACCCCGUUUACUCGAUUCGCGGACUCGACCACGAAGCGUUAUCAGGGGACCGGAUUGGGACUGUCCAUUUGCAAGAGCCUGGCCGAACUUAUGAGCGGUGCAGUUGGAUUCCAUGCGAAUCCCGAUGGGCCUGGUAGUGUGUUUUGGAUGUCCGUUAAAAUGGGUCGCAUCGACCGGCCUGUCCCUUCGACCCGACGGAUCGCUCCGCAAGUCCCCGAAACCACCCUCGAUACCUCCUCUCUCCUACAGAAGGCUGCUCUGCGUAAAAGCAUCCUCCUCGUUGAAGACAACAAAGUCAAUCAAACGAUCAUGAUCAAGCUCCUGGGCACACUAGGGUUUGAAUGUGUGGAUGCGGCCUGGGACGGGGCCGAGGCCGUACGCAUGGUCAAACAGAAACCCCUGGCCUACAGUGUGAUUUUGAUGGACAUCAACAUGCCCGUGAUGGAUGGUUUGACGGCAACGGGGCAAAUCCGGCAGCUCAACGUCGACGUCCCCAUCAUCGCGCUGACCGGGAACGCGCUGAAAGGAGAUGCGGAAACGUACCUGGCCAAAGGCAUGAAUGACUACGUAGCUAAGCCUAUUCACCGACAGCAGUUGGUGGAUAUCCUGUGGAAAUGGUGCGGAUCAUAA